UAUCCCAUAGAAGAAGAAGAAGAAGAAGAAGAAGAACUAUUCGGAUUAGACGUACUGGUAAUAUGCUAUACAGUCUAUAUGGUAACACGGCAUAAGGGGAGACUGUAUUCUCACCUGAAGCAUAGACAACGUUUAACGUGCCAUAGAGCGAAACGGUACUUUUAUAAGCGGUAAUAUCAUGUCAGCACUCCUGCCUGCAAUUGUGCCCGCUGCUUGUAGAGCCACGGCAGCGGUGAUAUUCCUCCAUGGCCUGGGAGACACAGGACAUGGAUGGGCUGAAGCUAUGGCCGGGAUCAGGACACCUUAUGUCAAGUACAUUUGCCCUCAUGCACCUGUAACGCCCGUCACUCUCAACAUGAACAUGGCAAUGCCUUCCUGGUUUGACAUAGUUAGUCUUAAUCCUGAUGCCGAAGAAGAUGAAAACGGAAUUAAAAGAGCUGCUGAAAGCAUCAAAGCACUGAUUGAUCAAGAAGUUAAGAAUGGUAUUCCAUCUCAUAGAAUUGUGUUGGGAGGGUUCUCUCAGGGUGGAGCCCUGUCUCUCUACACUGCUUUGACAACUCAUCAAAAGCUGGCUGGUGUUGUUGCUCUCAGCUGCUGGUUGCCCCUCAGGAAAUCCCUAUCACAGUCAAUGAUAAGCAGUAAUAAGGACAUAUCGGUGCUGCAGUGUCAUGGUGAAGCAGAUCCUCUUGUUCCUUUUACUAUUGGCUGUCUCACUGUACAGAAACUCAAAGUCAUGCUGAAUCCCUCCAAUAUCACUUUUAAAACAUAUCCUAUAAUGCCUCACAGUGCAUGUCUCGAGGAAAUGAUGGACAUCAAGCAAUUUAUUGAGAAGCAGCUCCCCGAAAUCAAUAAAUCAAUCAUUUAAACUGUAUUUAGCCAUUUGACAAAAGUACACAAAUAAAGUUGUUACCUUCUUACAGUACUUAAGUUAAUAUAUAAAAAAUAUAUUGAAUCAAACUGAAUGUAGUGUUUUUAGACCCUUAAUUGCAUGUCAUUUAAUUAAAUUAAAAUAUAUAUUUUUUCCUAUUACUCUGCACCAAGGGCCUGUUUCAAUAAGGAACUCUGAGUUGACUUAACCUGAGAUGGUAAACUCUGAGUCCUUAAUCACUGUUAUAAUAUAAAAAAGUGGCAAAACCUUAAAUUAGUUAAGUAAUAUUAAUUGGAAUCCUACAGGCAAAAAAAAUAAAUAAAAAAUUCUAAACAUUACUUAUAAAACAUAAUUCAAACAAGGUACAGCUUUACGCAUAAAAGGUUCAUGAGUCUAGGCUACAUAACUUCACCCGCAUUAUAUUAAAUAAAUAUCCUUCAGUGUC